CGAGAAUGAACGGAUCAUCUUUGUUCCUCGGGAGGGAACUAAUUAAGGCGUAGUAGCAGCAGCAGUGUAGUAGGCAGUUAAUACGCGGUGUGGUCCUGCAGUGCAGUGUCUCUGGUCCUGCUAACACUCACCUCCACUGAGACAGAGAGGAGAAUGUCUACCACUGUAAGCAAUCCCUUUCAACAUAUUGUUGAGCCCCUGAACCCCGAGGACCCAAAGCAGCAGUUUUAUAAUCUUUCCAAACUUGGAGACAGCAGAUAUGAGCGUCUACCGUUCUCCAUCCGAGUCCUCCUGGAGUCUGCAGUACGUAACUGUGAUGAAUUUCUGGUUAAGAGCUCAGAUGUGGAACGCAUCCUCAGCUGGAAGGAGACCCAGACUCAAAGUGUGGAGGUGCCAUUUAGACCGGCCCGUGUCAUCCUGCAGGACUUCACUGGCGUCCCUGCCGUGGUGGAUUUUGCCGCUAUGCGUGACGCAGUGAUGAAACUGGGCGGCGACCCAGAGAAGAUCAAUCCAGUCUGCCCUGCUGACCUCGUCAUCGAUCACUCUAUCCAAGUGGACUUUAACAGAAAGUCUGAUAGCCUCCAGAAAAACCAAGAUUUGGAGUUUGACCGCAACAGGGAGAGAUUCCAGUUCUUAAAGUGGGGCUCUAAAGCCUUUAGGAACAUGCGAAUCAUUCCUCCUGGCUCAGGAAUCGUUCACCAAGUCAACCUGGAGUACCUGGCCCGAGUGGUGUUCAACCACGAAGGGUUCUUCUACCCCGACAGCCUGGUGGGCACAGACUCCCACACGACCAUGAUCGACGGCCUGGGUGUCCUCGGCUGGGGUGUGGGUGGAAUAGAGGCGGAGGCGGUGAUGCUGGGUCAGCCAAUAAGCAUGGUCCUGCCCGAGGUGGUGGGAUACAAGCUGCAUGGGACCCCGGAUAAAUUCAUUACAUCCACUGACAUUGUCCUCACUGUUACCAAGCAUCUCCGCCAGGUGGGUGUCGUGGGGAAGUUUGUGGAGUUCUUCGGCCCCGGUGUGGCUCAGCUGUCCAUCGCCGACCGAGCCACCAUCGCCAACAUGUGUCCAGAGUACGGAGCCACAGCGGCGUUCUUCCCUGUGGACGACAUCAGCAUUCAGUACCUCGUACAGACAGGACGAGACGCAGAAAAGCUGGACUACAUUACAAAGUACCUGAAGGCAGUGGCCAUGUUCAGAGACUACAACGAUGUCUCUCAGGAUCCAGAUUUUACUCAGGUGGUGGAGUUGGAUCUCAGUACUGUGGUUCCCUGCUGCAGUGGUCCCAAAAGGCCGCAGGACAGAAUCCCUGUUACUGACAUGAAGACAGACUUUGAAACCUGUUUGGGAGCAAAGCAAGGCUUUAAGGGUUUCCAGAUGCCGGCCGAGCGCCACAGCGCUGCCGUCCCCUUCCAGUUCAAUGGAAACGAGUACACUCUGAGCCACGGCUCCGUGGUCAUCGCCGCCAUCACCAGCUGCACCAACACCAGUAACCCCUCUGUCAUGCUGGGAGCCGGGCUUCUUGCUAAAAAGGCAAUCGAGUGUGGUUUGAGUGUGAACCCGUACAUUAAGACCAGCCUGUCACCGGGCAGUGGAGUGGUCACCUACUACCUGAAGGAGAGCGGUGUUAUGGACUACCUGUCUCAGCUGGGCUUCGAGGUCGUCGGCUACGGUUGUAUGACGUGUAUCGGCAACAGUGGGCCGCUGCCAGACUCUGUGGUGGAUGCCAUCACACAGGGAGAUCUGGUUGCUGCAGGAAUCCUGUCGGGAAACAGAAACUUUGAAGGGCGAGUCCAUCCCAACACCAGAGCCAACUACCUGGCUUCUCCUCCACUCGUCAUUGCUUACGCCAUCGCGGGGACCGUGAGGAUAGACUUUGAGAGUGAGCCCAUCGGCACCACCUCUGAAGGCAAAGAGAUCUUCCUGAGAGACAUCUGGCCCACGCGAGAGGAGAUCCAGGCUGUGGAGAGGAAGUUCGUCAUUCCAACGAUGUUCAAAGAAGUCUACGAGAAGAUUGAGAAAGUGAAUGAACGCUGGAACUCUCUGGACGCUCCCUCUGACAAACUCUACACCUGGGACCCUCAGUCCACUUAUAUCAAGUCUCCUCCGUUCUUCAGUGGUUUGACGAUGGAGCUGCAGCCUCCAGAGUCCAUCAACGACGCCUACGUGCUGCUCAACUUCGGAGACUCCGUCACCACCGACCACAUUUCUCCCGCGGGGAACAUAGCCAGGAACAGCGCUGCAGCGCGAUACCUGACCAGCAGGGGUCUGACUCCUCGAGACUACAACUCGUACGGCUCACGCCGAGGCAACGAUGCCAUCAUGUCUCGAGGGACGUUCGCAAACAUCCGCCUUUUUAACAAGUUCCUCAACAAGCAGGCACCACAAACCAUUCACCUGCCGACAGGAGACACGUUGGACGUGUUCGAUGCUGCAGAGCGGUACCAGCAGUCCGCUGUUCCUCUGCUGGUUCUGGCAGGGAAGGAGUACGGCUCGGGCAGCUCCAGAGACUGGGCAGCAAAAGGACCUUUCCUACUGGGCAUCAAGGCCGUGCUGGCAGAGAGCUACGAGCGGAUCCACCGCAGUAACCUGGUCGGGAUGGGAGUGAUUCCUCUGGAGUAUCUGCCCGGAGACACGGCCGACAGUCUGGGUCUGACCGGCAGAGAGCGCUACACCGUCGUCAUCCCUCAGCAGCUCACGCCCAGGAUGCUCGUCGACGUUAAGCUCGACACGGGCAAAACAUUCCAAGUGCGGAUGAGGUUCGACACGGACGUGGAGCUGACGUAUUUCCACCACGGAGGAAUCCUCAACUACAUGAUCCGCAAGAUGUCUGCAAACUAACACGCAGAAGAAGCACAGAUUUAAUAACAUGUUAACAGCUGACUGAAGAUAAACCGUCCCCAGCCACUCACUCACUGAUUCAUCAACAGAACUGUUAAUCCUACAACCUGAGAACGAAUGCUGCUACGAGUCGUGGAGUGAAAAUACCGAGUAUGACAUGACGUGUGAAUAUUGUAAUCAAGAUAUGUAGGAGGAUAAUAUUUAUAUCAGAUUAAAAGAAA